AUGCCCGUAGGCGGUGGUAUUAUUGGAUGCUGCUCUGCAUAUUACCUCACCAGACACCCAUCCUAUGAUCCCACCCGCCACAAAAUCACGCUUAUCGAGGCCUCUGAAAUCGCGGGCGGGGCAUCAGGCAAGGCGGGUGGCAUGCUCGCGCAAUGGGCAUACCCGAGCAACAUUGUCGGCCUCAGCUACAAGCUCCACGCAGAAUUGGCCAAGGAGCACGAUGGAAUGAACCGAUGGGGUUACCGAGAGGUCAAUUGCGGACAGUUAGUCGUGAGAGGCCGAGCCCUGACCGAGAAAAGCGCAGACAAAGCCGAGGGAGGAAGCUCGGAAUCGCUUCAAAAGCGUAGCGCAGCCGCUAUUUCGAAGCUGAAAUCUACCAAGACCCCACAGGACCUAGACUGGAUUGAGCCCGAGCUUCUGCGAGCCUAUGAGAGCAUGAGUGGGCCAGGCGAAACCGCACAGGUGCAUCCGUAUCAGUUCACCACAUCGAUCGCGAAGCUUGCCCAGGAGAAGGGGGCAAACAUCCUUCUUGGACAGGUCACAGACAUCGCCCGCACAAAUGAUUCCGUUGAGUCUGUGACAUACACCGACAAAACCUCCGGGGAGCCUCAGACAAUAGCCGCUACUGACGUACUUGUUGCUGCUGGUCCUUGGACAAACACGAUUCUUCCAGAGGUUCCGAUCUCAGCUAUGCGGGCCCAUAGUGUGGUCAUUCAGCCCAAACAACCUGUCAGCCCGUAUUGUCUGUUCACCAACAUCGAAAUCCCAGCGAACUUUAAUCCAGGGAAGAAAUCUCGACCCACCGUGGCUGCCCCAGAGAUCUAUGCCCGUCCAGAUGCAACCGUCUAUGCAUGCGGCGACGGAGACAGAACAGUGCCAUUGCCAAAGACUUCUGCGGAUGUUGAGGUUGACCAGGAGCGCUGCCAAGAGAUCAUUGAACAGGUCGGAAGUAUCUCUGAUGAGCUGCGUGAUGGCGAGAUCCGUGCACGCCAGGCCUGUUACCUCCCAAAUUGUGAUUCUGGUGGUGGACCACUCGUUGGUUUGACUGGGGUCAAGGGACUCUACCUUGCAGCUGGACACACCUGCUGGGGCAUUCAAAACGCUCCUGGCACAGGUAAGCUCAUGAGUGAGUUUAUCUUCGAUGGUAGCGCGAAGAGUGCAAAGAUUGGAUCAUUGGACCCCCGUGACUAUAUGUGA